CAUGAGAUGAGCUGCCUGCAGUGUUUGCAGCCACUGUUUCGCCUCCUCCUCUUGCCUGUAUCUAUCUAUCUUUCCAGUCCGGGAAUGUUGAGCACCGUGGCCUGAUCCAGAGGGGCCGAGGCAACACUGUCGAGCGUCUGAUCACUUCCACACUGCCACCGCUCGUGUUCGCUUCUUUGACGGGUUAUCUGCCACAGAUCUGGCUCUAAGGUUUACUUCUGUCCAUCUCCUAUCAAAAGUAACCCAGCUACACGAAGAGGAAGAAAGAACAGAGAAGCAAAAAACAUGGCUGUGGCCGGAUGUCCGGAUUAUUUCCUGCACCAUCCAAAUUAUCAGCAGGACAAUGUAGACCGGUCCACCAAUCACAGACAAACAGCUGAUCUCAUUGGUCCAAGCUUCCAGCAGUCAACCAAUCGGAGUUCUCCUAAUCAUCAAGAGGAUGACGUGGAUCUAGAAGCCCUGGUGAAUGACAUGAACUCCUCGUUGGAGAGCCUGUACUCCACCUGCAGCGGUCAGCAGCCAGAGUCCGCCCCCUUACUGCACAACGGACAGACCUCUUCCUCACACCAACACCACCAUCUCCUCCACCACCACCACCACCAUCACACACAGCACAACCAGCCGCGGCAGGUUCAACACUCGCAUGCGCUCAGCCACGUCUCCCCGGAGCCGCCCUCCUCCUCCUCCUCUUCCUCCGCCGACUCCCCCCAGACCAACCUCCGACGAUCACAGCCUAUGCAUAUCCUCGCCGUCAGGAGGUUGCAGGAAGAGGAGCAACAGUUGAGGACAUCGUCUCUCCCGGCCAUCCCCAACCCCUUCCCUGAGCUCUGCAGUCCAGCCAGCUCCCCUGUCCUCAGCCCUGGGUCCCUGCCCCCUGGAGAUCCCUCUACUGGCAAAUAUAUUGUGAAGAUCUUCAGUGAAGACGGCAUGGGCAAAGUGGUGGAGAUCCCAGCAGACAUGACAGCCAGGGACCUGUGCCAGCUCCUGGUUUAUAAAAGCCAUUGUGUAGACGACAACAGUUGGGCACUUGUUGAGCACCACCCGCUGCUAGGGCUAGAGCGCUGUCUAGAAGACCAUGAGCUGGUGGUUCAGGUCCAGGCCUCCAUGAACAGCGACAGUAGAUUCCUCUUCAGGAAGAACUAUGCCAAAUAUGAAUUCUUCAGAAAUCCCCUGACAUUUUUCCCGGAGCACAUGGUUGCAUGGUGCCAGGAAACCAAUGGUACGAUUCCACCGUCUCAGCUCCUGCAGAACUUCUUAGCGUCCAGUAGCUGUCCAGAGAUCCAGGGAUAUCUGUAUGUGAAGGAGCUGGGUAGGAAGUCAUGGAAGAAACUUUACAUGUUCCUGCGGCGCUCGGGACUCUACUGCUCUACAAAAGGAACCUCAAAGGAGCCCAGGCAUCUACAGUUACUAGCAGACCUAGAGGACAGUAACAUCUUCACUGUCAUCACAGGCAAAAAGCAGCACAGUGCACCCACAGAAUACGCAUUCUGCAUCAAGCCCAAUAAAGGCCGUGCUGAGCUGAAAGAGCUGAGGAUGUUGUGUGCCGAGGAUGAACAGAGUAGGACCUGCUGGAUGACUGCCUUCCGACUCUUUAAGUAUGGGAUUGUAUUGUACCAGAACUACAAGAUUCCUCAACAAAGGAAAACCUUACUCUCACACUUCUCAGCACCUGUGCGGAGCGUGUCGGAGAACUCCCUUGUGGCCAUGGAUUUCUCAGGGAGGAUAGGCAGGGUGAUUGACAACCCUGUGGAGGCUCAGAGUGCUGCCAUGGAGGAGGGACAUGCCUGGAGGAAGAGGAGUCAACGAAUGAACAUGCUGGGCUGCCACAGCCCCCUACACCACUCCUCAUUAAGCUCAGUCAUCCAUGUAGCUCAGCUGUGGUUCCACGGCAGGAUAACCAGAGAAGAAUCCCAUCGUAUCAUCCACCAGCAGGGACAAGUGGACGGGUUGUUUCUUCUGAGAGUCAGUCAGAGCAACCCCAAGGCAUUUGUGCUCACACUGUGCCAUCACCAGAAAAUCAAACACUUCCAGAUACUACCGUGUGAAGAGGACGGCCAGGUCUUCUUCAGCCUUGACGAUGGCUCCACCAAAUUCACCGACCUGAUUCAGCUGGUGGAGUUCUACCAGCUCAACAGAGGAGUGCUGCCUUGUAAACUCAGACACCCCUGCACCAUUGUGGCCUUAUGACAUCUUCUGACCCCGUGACCCCUGCCACUUGACCUGACUCUGCCUAAAACAAACACACAAAACAAAAAGAAUCUUUCUGUCGGUUGGUUCUUUUUUCUUUUUUUUUUUUUUUCUUUUUGAGAAGCUGGUGAAUUACCUAAUGUUUCGCUGUUGUCGUUUUACUUUGUCGUGAGUCCGCUGGAGACUGCUGACUUGUUUGGUCGGUCGGUUUGUCGCUCGUUGGACGUGGAGGAGCCGGAUGCACAACUUGCUCGCAUGGGUUCCUCAGAGAAGACGAGAGGAGCUAGUCUGAGGAAGUGAACCUGCCGUUUUUGUCAACGCUUUCACAAAAUCUUCUGCAAUCUUCCUACCCAUAUUCAUCAAUAAGCUUGGACUCACUCAUCCACAAGGUGUACCAGUCUAGUUUUCACACAGCUCAAGUGUAGACUACGUUUUCCUUCCACUGGACAAUCAGCAGGACGCUACGUUUUUUGUGUGGACCACUCUGCUUUCUCAGAACAAACAGUAGUCUCUUGUUCAAAUUUAUCCUCACAGCCUAUAGUUGGAGAGCUGAUUGUCUCUUAGUUUUGCACUCACUGAACUGGGAGUAGCCUUUGACGGAUGCAUGAUUCUCCACUGUCACAUUACAGUACUUAACUAUGACAUGGCGCCAGCUCCCUCCAGUGUCACAGGCAUGUAAGGACAUGUCAGAAUUCAACAGGAAAGACGUGCUGAGAUGUGGAGGCACCAGAGGCAGUUGAAUCCUUUUGAGUUUUGGAGACAUCAGAAGGAGAGCUGUUUUUUUGAACCCUUUGUCUGGUCAAACAAGCCUGGAAAUAAGUAGCUAUGGAAAAAUCUGGAACUGAUGGGAAAAAAAGCUAUUCUUCUAAAAGAAGCUUGCUGGACAACGCCGGAUCUUUUAUCGCCCACCUUGAAAGAAAUUUGUUUGCUCAUCUCUGACCACACAGGGUUUAUUUGCUCAUUCAUACAUUCAUUGCAAUUCUGUAUUAUCAUCAGUUUGACUUUGAAUAAUUUUGUUUAAAUUCUGUCGCUGCUCUCUGGAUAAUUUGUAGCUCUUUCUCAGCUCUACACACAUAAGCUACAAUAUAAGAUCAUUCUCUAAUUAUUGUUGUGAUGCACAGCUCCUGUUCCUUAAAGUAUUCAUUACUAUGGGUGUUCAUUUCUGUUUUGCCCAUUCAAAACCACAAAAUGAACAAGCCUAAAUCAAAUCAGUGUCAUUCAGGGUGUAAAAAUACAGUAAUAAAGCUAUACUUUUGAAUUCAUGUAUGUAAUCAGGUAGUCAUCAGGGGGAUUGUGAUGAUGAAAGGUGAAACCAGGUAACUAUUUGGGGGAAGUUGGCAAAUGCAGUUAUAUGCAGUAAUGUGUUUCUCACAACCAUUUUCUUCCAAUGCAAGCAAAGGCUUAAUGCUUUCCGUUGCAAGACAGCGAGCAUAAGAUUAGUUUGAACAUUAAAGGGCGUCAGACUUCUCUGAUUCCCGUCACACAGAGCACAGGGAAGAAUAACCACUAACAUUCCCCUCACAAGCUUCACCCACUUCACAGUCAACACAGUCGAUGUUGUAUUCUCUCGCAAAGGAAUGAAACUGGAAUUUCAAAGACGGUAGCAUUUGACUACAACUACGGCACCCGUGUUGAUUAUUUUAACCCAAGACUCGUCAUUUGAAUCGUUUUGCCUCUGGCACUGGCUUAGAUUGAGGGCAUUGGACAUCCCGCGACUCGGACAGGACAGGACAGGUUCAGGAAUAAAAAAAUGUUUUUGUCAUGUCAGUCAUGGUCAAUGAAACAGGAAAGUAAUGUGAAUUAAUUUUCAUUGAAAGUCCAUGACAUUGUCCCCAGCAGAUAGGCAUCAAAUUGCGAUUUUCAGUGGUGUCAGGUCCUUUUUAGCAUUGAUUGAUCAUGUCUGGCCAGCUGGAUUGGAUAUGAAAGGCAAACCCUCGCCACCUUACACUCUGGGAAGACUUAGAUAAAUGCUCAAAAGUUAUUGAAAGGAUCUGAGCUAAUAUUUGUCCCUGGCCUUAUACCUAGCCUUGUCUGUUGCUUCACACCAGAGCAGUUUUCCUACCUUUCAGAAUCACCCUCUGUAGAACACCCCAUCAUAGAUGGCUGGUUUCUCAAACAUAAAAAUUCUGGACGUUUUGUAAAUGAAAAAGACAUUUUUUUUUUAAAUUCUAUGACUAGGCCUGGAAUUUUUGAUCACAAACUUGAAAGUUUAGGUUAGCUCUGUUCUGGGACACGACCCGGCAGAUGAGUAGAAAUGUAUUUUACCUGUGAUACAGCAGUUAGAAAGAGCCAUCACUUUAUUUGAGUAUUUACCUACAGGUUAUCUUAAGCUAUUUUGAUCAGUUCAGACACAGAAAAGCCACACUAUAUUGACACUGUGUGCAUGGUCACCGUUAUUUAACUAAGAUGCAAUGACUCAAUAAUUUUUUUUUUAAAGUAUUGUUUCAUCAAAAUGUAUUUAUUUAUCUGGAUGUGAGUGAUUACUUGAAAAUUUUAGAUUUCUUUUUUUUUUUUUUCUCAGCGCUGUUCUGUACUGUUUUCUUUUGUCAUUACCAUGAAAUGAUUGACCAGUGUGAUUAAUUAUUACUGUAAUGACAUAGCAUCUAUUGAUAACCUAUAUUCUGUUUCCUUUGUUGUUUUUAUGUUUGAUCACUCAAACAAAUCAUUUUGUCAUCUUCAACACUUGUUAUGAAGUGAUGAUUUGAAGCACACUGCUAUCCAUACUGUUAAGAUCAUCAUUCCAAAUAGAUGCCAGAUGGAGUGUUGUGAAAUCAGAAACACCAACACCUGGGUUUCUCAAAGCAUCAGUAGCUCAAAGUUGUGCUUUAUAGCUUUUGUUGCUCCGUGCUCGUGUUCCAUUUUAAAAUUUACAGUUUCUUUAUUUGAAGAAAGUAUUGGUUUUUCCUUCAUCACUGUGUUGUGGUGAGUAGUGUUAGCAAAACAACACAAAUGAAAUAAAGAACAACUAUGGCUACACGUUUUGGGAAACUUGGCCUAACAAGCCUCAACAUUCUCAUAAUUCACUAUGUUUCACAAACAGUUGAAAUGCCUUGCCUUCUAGAGAGAAUACUGGAAAUAUAGUGGUAGGAAGAAAAACAAAUUCCCCCUCCACCUGGACUUCUUACACAAAAUCUUACGUUUUAUCCUUGAGAUAAAAAAAAAAAUCUUAAAUAGGAAGAUGAAUUGCAAAACCUCCCCCACUGUAAGGUAUUGCCACAAUUAUUUCAAUUGCAUAAAUGUGUUGAAUUAUCCCCUUUAAACUGCAAUGCAUGGGGUUUUAUGACUCGUAAUGCAAAACAUCUCAGUUCAGCUUUUUUCCUUGGAAUCACUGUAAUCACUGCAUCGGGCCCUUUCUACCAGAAUCAAAAAAAAAAAAAAAAAAAAAAAAAAAAGUUUAUUUAGUUGGUUUUAUCAUGUGGAUUGGAUGUGGAUGCACCCAUGUGCAUCAUGGGUAUAUUACAUAGGACUUUUGUUACGUAAAAGACCUCACUGAUUAUCUGUGGACGUUUUCCUGACAAGAAUCUGGAUUCUAAAAGUGUAUAAAUUCAUCAUUCUCUUGUUGCUCAAAGUCAUCUUAAACUACUGAGAUGACAGUGGAAAUUGUUAUUAGCUAUAUUUAGUUCCCAAAGAUUUGGAUUCAGUCUACCCAUUCUGCACACAUCCUCAGACACUACUCUGCUGUUGGUUUCUGUCCAGUUGAAGUGGAUGGGAGCAGAUAUGAACAAGUGAAGAACGGCCUCGUAAGGUGGAGUUGGCAUUUGAAACUCAAGUGGGAUAGGAUAUCAGAUAUACAAUGUCUUUCUUCUGGAGUCGGAGUUGUCAAGCGAGUGAUUUGUUCAAAUUUAACAAAGUGAGACAGUUGGCAGGUACAGUAUAUAAUACAUCAGGGGAUUUGGGUAUGUACAUUUUUACACUAAAGAGAAAUGAAUGUAACUGGGCUGCUCAGGGCUGACUUGGAGCAUGUUAAAAACUACUGGUCCAUCAGAUCUCUAGGAGUUUUUUGUAUAGUGUGUUGAUGGAUUCAUGAAUAUUGUUUUGUUUGUUUCAUUAAGCUGGGAGUUGUAACAGCAGGCAUUUCUCCAGUAGCUGCGCCACCAAUCUGCUUGGACUUUUUGUGAUUAGUUGUGAUUUACUUGAAAAAAAAAAAAAUCUCCUUGCAGCAAACUAAGUA